CAAUGGCCUUGAAGGAAUGUGUCCUCCGUGAGAGAAUAUCAAUUGAUAUACCUGAUGGACAUGAUUGGGAGAAUGCACAUGGAACUGAACCAGAAAGACUGUAGCCUCUAGUCAGAAAUCCCAGCUUUGCAAAGGAAGCUGCUGAGAAAGUGAGGAGAACAGGGAAUGACAAGAAGAUGUCACGAGGUGACGAGGAAAGAGGGAGAAAACCAUUAGCUGCUUUCGGGACUGUGCAGUUCCUGGGCGGCACAUUCUUUGCUCAAGGGGAAGAAGGACAAGCUGAAGAGUUUAGAAGUCAGCUCCAGUCCAGUGCAGUAGGCUGCUGUGGCUCUGAGGUCGGUCUUGAAACAGCUGAUGAAGACAUUGAUGAAUCAUUCCCAAAUAUACGAGGAUUUUACAGACUGGAGAUGGGAAAUGUCAGUACUAAAAACCUGAACAGCCGUGAGGACGUCGUAGAUAGUGGCUCUGAAUUGGUGAAGAGUAAGGAUUUGUUUCCCCAUUAUGUAUGUCUAGAACAUGCUACUCAUGGAGAGGACCUAACUGCGAAUGUUAGGGGAGAACCAAGGCUUAAAACUAAACACAGUGCUUCAACUAAACAAGUAACCCUGCCCCAAGACGAAUGUAAGAAACAAGAGGAGCAUACUCUUCAGAUGCCACAGAAUGAGAUUAGACGGCAAACUGUAGACUGUAGCCGCAAUAAGACAGAUGCACAUCUCCUUGGUUUCCGUUCCAUUCCUGUAAAAUUGCUGGAGGGAGUUCAGACCAGUUUCACACCAACGGCGGUCACUGGAAGGUCAGAAACUUUGGAAAAGGAAACUUUUUCCUCGAGGGCUUUGGCUAAUGAGCUGAAAAGAUGCAAUCCAGCUGCUGAGGAGAAGGCCAGUGCACUGCCCAGUGGGACUCUACAUGUUCAGAGAAGAUAACAGACACAGUCUUCAGAUGGAGCAGAUUGGAGCUCCUCAGCAGAACGAAAGGCCACAAGACAGCAUGGAGGAGGAUUUAUCACAUGUGCAGGUGUUGUCCAUAAAUAAGGGGCUAACAGUUGAGAAAUGUUUGAAGAAAAAUCGGAGUUACGUUCACCACUUGUGAACAAACCAGUGUGGCCAGGAAAGUCUGACCAAGUGUCAUUUGAACAAAGCCCCAAACAGGGAGCAGAAGUGAGAAAGCAGAGCAGUUCAGCUGAAAAAAUGGUGAAGAGUCUCAUUACCAUGGAGGGAACCACAAGGACAUUAGCAGAUGAAGAGCCCAUUUCAUUGACCCCAGGUGCUCAAAGGACUGAUCGAGCUAGCUCCUUUCCCAAACUUGCAGCCAUGGAACUGUUACAAAGACAUGUGUUAUUGGAAGUCAAGCAUGUCGAUCAACUAAUACCUCUCAACGAACAUGUUGGUAACAAAUGGGCCAAUACUGAUAAAAACUGUGAAGAAUUGGGAGAUCCACAUGUUGAGAUUGACAUGUUUGGAACCUUGAAAACUCGAGAACAUGUGAAUCCAAUGAAGGGAAACUCUUCCACAGUGAAACUUCAAGGAACGGGUUUCUCCGACAUUAAACAUGAUGUAAUUUCAGCAGUAUAUUGCCAUGGAUUUGAGACUGGCAGACCAUCACUCACACUAGAUAGUGAGAGUGAGAAAGAAAGUCCUGAAGCCAGUAUGCCAAUUUGGAAAUGCAAGAAUAGUAAGUGUGAACAGAAUAAAUCCAGUGACUCUGCAAUUGAAAUAAACCUUGAUGGCCAGUCAGUUUACAAUGAAAAUAACAAGUGGGCUGUCAAAGAUUCUGAACUUAAUGCAGAGAUAACUGAA